CCCCAGGCGUCGCUCUGUAUUUUUCUCUCCUCACUCAACGCGGCGAUGCCCCCUAGAUCGGAUCACGCCGCCGGCAGCGGCGCCGCGGCGGCGGCCACGCAGGCCCACUUCGACUCCAUCGAUCCACUCUUCCAUGUGCUCCGCGUGCUACCCUUCUCCUUCCUCCUGCCGCCGCGCACCCGCCUGAGGCUGCCGUCGAACCUGGCGCUUCCCUCUCCCAUGACCGUCUUCUCCCUCAUCCUGCUCACCUACUUUGCGGUCGUCUCCGGACUCGUGUACGACGUCAUCGUUGAGCCCCCUGGCAUCGGCAGCGCCCAGGACCCCGGCACUGGCGCCGUCCGCCCCGUCGUCUUCCUUCCAGGGCGCGUCAACGGCCAGUACAUCAUCGAGGGACUCUCCUCCGGGUUCAUGUUCCUCCUUGGCGGCAUUGGCAUCAUCCUCCUCGACCUCGCCGUCGACCGCACGAGGCCCCGGAGCCUCCGCGUCUCGUUUGGAAGCGCCGGCGCAGUCGCCGUUGUCAUCGCCUACGCCAUGGCCAUGCUCUUCCUCCGCAUCAAGAUCCCCGGCUACCUCUGGUGAGGUUGAUAAAUCUUGCCUGUUAACUAGACCAGAUCCGUCGCGAGAUCUCGCUGCAUCUAAAUAGACCUGCGUGCUGUGCAGUGUGGACUGUGCUCUUUCAAUUUUGUCAAUUAAUGUUCCAUCACACAAUUUGUAUGGUAUCAACUCGGAACUACUGGGUGAGGAUUAUCAUUUUGCAAUGAUACCAAACAAGGCUUUACUUGG